UUUUCUUAUGUUAUCACCUCCAUCAUCAUUCAUUCGGCAGCUUUCAUCCGAGUAUGAUGGCUUUGUAUAUUGCGAGUUGUUCGCGACGGAUUAGUGUAUUGAAUGUCGCAGUUUCAAUACAAUUAUUCAUUGGUGCGUUUCUUAUCUCCAGCUCUAAUGGAGAAACCUAUCACUACGAGACAAAAGAAAUUGAGCUACCAGUAGAUCAUUUCAAUUUUGCCGUAAAUGCAAGCUUUAAACUACGAUAUCUGAUCAAUGACAGCUAUGUGGAUAAACAGAACGAUAAGAGUCCAGUUUUCUUCUAUACCGGCAAUGAAGGUGACAUAGAAACAUUUGCCCAGAAUACGGGAUUUAUGUGGGAACUGGCCCAGAAAUAUCGGGCCUGUGUGGUGUUUGCCGAACAUCGUUACUAUGGCAAGUCAAUGCCAUUUGGAAAUAUGACCUUCAAUCUAACGCAGAAUUACGGAUAUUUGAGUGUGGAACAAGCAUUGGAAGAUUUUGCCUGGUUGAUAUCAAGUAUGCAGGAAAAGAAUAAGAAGUAUGGUCCUGUGAUUGCAUUUGGUGGUUCGUAUGGUGGUAUGCUGUCGGCCUGGUUGCGCAUGAAAUAUCCUCAUUUGGUGUAUGGUGCCUUGGCGGCAUCAGCUCCUGUAAGGCAAUUUGAUGGUUUGACAGCAUGUGACAUCUUUUCCCGAAUCACCACCUCAAUAUUUGCCACAUCGUUUAAUAAUCGUUCCUGUGCCGAUAACAUACGCAAAUCAUGGGAGUUAUUUAAGCAGCUGGCCAGUUCGGAUGACGGGAAGAAGAAAUUAAAUGCAGCCUUUAAAUUUUGUGAACCCAUUAAAGCGGAGGGAGACCUCAACAAAUUCUUUGAUUAUUUGGAAGAUGUUUAUGGCAAUUUGGCCAUGGCCAACUAUCCCUAUGCCAAUGACUUCCUCAGUCCUUUGCCACCAUAUCCUGUGAGACAAUUUUGUUCGUAUUUACAAACGCCUGUGAGCGGAGACAAGUUACUGGAUGGCAUGCAGCAAGCCAUAAAUGUGUAUUUCAACUUUACCGGCGCCACAAAGUGUUUGGAUUAUACCUCAGCAUAUGACCCCAGCUCAAUUGGUGGCAAUGCUUGGGAAAUACAAACCUGCAACCAGAUGGUAAUGCCCAUGUGUUCCACACCCGAGACAAUGUUCAGGCCCAAGGAAUGGAAUUUCAAAGAAUAUGCUGACAAGUGUAUGGAAAAAUAUCACAUAAAGCCUAAUCUCGAUGACAUCAUGGUGCGUUAUGGAGGUCGAAAUGCUCGAGAAAUGUCGAAUAUUAUUUUCAGUAAUGGCCUGCUGGAUCCCUGGAGUGGCGGCGGUGUCCUACAAUCUGAUAAUCCAACUGUACAUAUUAUCAUCAUUCCCGAGGGUGCUCAUCAUUUGGAUUUACGUGCAAAACAUCCCAAAGAUCCGAUUUCUGUGUUACAGGCUCGUAAUCGCGAAUCGGAUAUAAUUGGAAAAUGGAUUAAUGAGUAUCGUUGGUAAAUGGAGGUGUUAUUUUUAUUUGUUUGCCCUCUGUAAUAACCAAAGUAGGAUAGGUAAUAAGUUUUACUUACAUGAUCCAGAAGGUGAGAGCUUUAAAGCAAAACCUUUUUGGUAAAUCUUUUUAAUUUUGAUCAAAAUUUAUGCCGAAAUGAACAAAAUAAAGUUACUAAUACUCGAAUAAAUAUA